AUGCUCCACCACACUCACCGCCCACCACCUUACGCCACCACGGCCUUGCAGGCACCACCGCCGUCUCACCAUGACCAACGAACUGGGGUCAUCACGAACAAGAUGAGCCACCCGGGAGCGAGGGACAGCACGACAGCAGCCACGCCGGAGGGAACCGCCUCCACCACCACCUGCGGACGCCGACCGGACGCGUCGACCAGAUCACACCGGGCCCACCUGGCCCAGCCGAGCCCGAGCGGGCUCGUGAAGAUCCAGCCUCCAUGCGCAGCGUACGCGCCGCCGGCAGCGCCAUCCCCAACUCCGGCCGCCCCACCGUCCGUCCACGAGGGCCACCGGCCCGGGCAAGGAGCCGGCCCGCCCGGACCCGAGAUGGAGCCCGCAGGGCCCGGAUCUCGGGCCGGGCGGCGCUGCCCCGAGCCGCCGCGCCGUCCCGUGGCCAGGGGCCACGCCACCGCCUCGUCGCCACCCGCCGCCGCGCGCCCGGGAGACGCGCCGCCGCCGGAACCCCGCCGGCCAGGGAGCACCGCCGCUGCCGCCCGGCCCCGCCUGGAGAGGAACGCGCCGGGUAGAGAAGGGCCCCCGCCGCCGGCACCGUCCGGGCUUUGCCCGACGGCUUCCGCCGACGGCGGCGACGGGGGAGGGCGGAGGAGAGGGAGUGGAGGAGGAUUAGGGUUGGUCGCCCCGGAGUCGCUCGCGGGGGAGCGACCCGAGGGCGGAGGGCGUUCCCUCCUGGUGGACUGCUCAUAG